AUGCCGUCUGCACUCAGAGUGACCAAACAUGCCGUGACCACAACAUGCCGUCUGCACUCAGAUCUCCCCGGUCCUCGCCGCAGCCUCCCUGGUCCUCGCCGCAGUCUCCCCGGUCCUCGCCGCAGUCUCCCCGGUCCUCGCCGCAGCCUCCCUGGUCCUCGCCGCAGUCUCCCUGGUCCUCGCCGCAGUCUCCCCGGUUCUCGCCGCAGUCUCCCCGGUCAUCGCCGCAGUCUCCCCGGUCAUCGCCGCAGUCUCCCCGGUCCUCGCCGCAACCUCCCCGGUCCUCGCCGCAGUCUCCCCGGUCCUCGCCGCAACCUCCCCGGUCCUCGCCGCAGUCUCCCCGAUCCUCUCCGCAGCCUCCCCGGUCCUCGCCGCAGCCUCCCUGGUCCUCGCCGCAGCCUCCCUGGUCCUCGCCGCAGUCUCCCUGGUCCUCGCCGUAGUCUCCCUGGUUCUCGCCGCAGUCUCCCUGGUCCUCUCCGCAGCCUCCCCGGUCCUCGCCGCAGCCUCCCUGGUCCUCGCCGCAGCCUCCCUGGUCCUCGCCGCAGCCUCCCUGGUCCUCGCCGCGUUUCCCUGGUCCUCGCCGCAGUUUCCCUGGUCCUCGCCGCAGUCUCCCUGGUCCUCGCCGCAGCCCUCCCUGGUCCUCGCCGCAGCCUCCCUGGUCCUCGCCGCAGUCUCCCUGGUCCUCGCCGCAGCCUCCCUGGUCCUCGCCGCAGCCUCCCUGGUCCUCGCCGCAGCCUCCCCGGUCCUCGCCGCAGCUCCGUCCUACCCUGGUCCUCGCCGCAGCCUCCCUGGUCCUCGCCGCAGCCUCCCCGGUCCUCGCCGCAGCCUCCCCGGUCCUCGCCGCAGCCUCCCGCCGUCCUCCCGCCUCGCUUAGCCUCCCCGGUCCUCGCCUUAGCCUUCCGGUCCUCGCCGCGCAGCCUCCCCGGUGCUCGCCGCAGUCUCCCUGGUCCUCGCCGCAGUCUCCCCGGUCCUCGCCUUAGCCUCCCCGGUCCUCGCCGCAGCCUCCCCGGUCCUCGCCUUAGCCUCCCCGGUCCUUGCCGCAGCCUCCCCGGUCCUCGCCUUAGCCUCCCCGGUCCUCGCCGCAGUCUCCCCGGUCCUCGCCGCAACCUCCCCGGUCCUCGCCGCAUCUCCCUGGUCCUCGCCGCAGCCUCCCUGGUCCUCGCCGCAGUCUCCCUGGUCCUCGCCGCAGCCUCCCCGGUCCUCGCCUUAGCCUCCCUGGUCCUCGUCUUAGCCUCCCUGGUCCUCGUCUUAGCCUCCCUGGUCCUCGCCGCAGCCUCCCUGGUCCUCGCCUUAGCCUCCCUGGUCCUCGCCGCAGUCUCCCUGGUCCUCGCCUUAGCCUCCCCGGUCCUCGCCGCAGUCUCCCCGGUCCUCGCCGCAGUCUCCCCGGUCCUCGCCUUAGCCUCCCCGGUCCUCGCCGUAGCCUCCCUGGUCCUCGCCGCAGUCUCCCUGGUCCUCGCCGCAGUCUCCCUGGUCCUCGCCGCAGCCUCCCAGGUCCUCGCCGCAGCCUCCCUGGUCCUCGCCUUAGCCUCCCUGGUCCUCGCCGCAGUCUCCCUGGUCCUCGCCUUAGCCUCCCCGGUCCUCGCCGCAGUCUCCCCGGUCCUCGCCGCAGUCUCCCCGGUCCUCGCCUUAGCCUCCCCGGUCCUCGCCGUAGCCUCCCCGGUCCUCGCCGCAGCCUCCCUGGUCCUCGCCAUAGUCUCUCCAGUCUAUGCCGAGCUCCCAGUGAAAAGCAGAAGAAGAAGACAAAACCCUCAAGGCCAUUGCUAUAGAAACCAGCACAAACUCAGAAAUAUGAAUGAAACAGAUCUGGUUUAG